AUGUAAUCUGGCCGAGGCUCCAUCUGAGGCUCCGUUCAAAUGGAAUGACCAAUCCAAAUGGUCACUGUUUUCUUCUUUUUCUAUAGGAUUUUUGACAAGGUCACUUUAAAGGGGAAAGCAUCACUUCUCUAUGAAGUAAUUCCACUUGGAGAAUUGCAUUGAUGACUGUACCUGGUCUACGCAAGAGAUCAUUCCGAGGCAUAUAAGGGUGGCCUGCCAAAAGCUAGCUGACACACCUCUGACAAAUACACAUUUUCUUUUGUUGAUAAUACCUGUGAAAGCUUUCACAACAGGCAUUUCCAGUUUUGUUCUCAGGCUCCUAGCAGUUGCUUCUCUAAGAGUCUAUGCUUUGCCAGGGGCUGACUGUUGACAGAAGCAAGGUGUUCUAUCUUUUGUGCUGUCAUCAUCAACCCCUCCAUGCACAUUCAAGAUGUUAGCCCAGGUCUAUGUUUUGCAGCAUCUUAGUAUAGCUAUCGGGUCCAGAUUGCUUCUGUUAUUCAUGCCAAUGACCUCAGGUACCAGUUUGGUGGGAGACUAGGACUCUUGUUCCUUUGACUUGAUGUUGGUUUGACUCGAUGUUGGCACAGUCUGAGAGUAUGCUGUGUGAUCUGUGCUGGAUUAUCUGUUCUGUUGUCUUUGUGGUCUUCACCAGUUGUUUGAACUAUUCCUUGAGAACACAUUUGAAAUCAUCCUGCCUCCCUGAGCUUUUCACUCACAUCUCAGCCCCUCAACCAUAUUCUUGAAGAACUAGACAGAUGGGAUGGGUCAUGAGUGGGGUGGUAUACAGUACAAAGCUUCCAGACACUGAAGAGAUCAGGUUCAGGUGUUAAAAAUUAUAAUUAUUUUAAAAAGGCACAUUGGUACUUGGGUCUUGAUAGAAAUCAUUCUUACUCAAGUGGGGUUGACAGAGGAGUAUUAGGUAGUUGUGGUUAUGAGUCCGAAAAGCGUGUGAUUCUGUUCCAGCGCCCAAAGAGAUUUCAGGGGAAAAUGUUCUGACAUCUUCAACAAAUUACCUUCAUACAUAGUUUUGACACUGUGCCCUAUUAAGGACACACGUACAGUUGGUACCUUGAGGGAAUAAUUCAAUAUUUGGAAGAGAGUAGUAAUAAAGAAACAUUACGGUUGUAUUCAACCUCUGUGGAAUUAGUGUAUAACCAAACUGCUUAUCAGAAAUGGUCAUAUGGGAGCUUUACUUAAAUAAAUUAGGAGCUGUUGCAAAGGGACUGUGGGAUACCUUUGCCAAGUGGACCUCCCUCAAAUGGAACACACCACAUCCACAUCUGACUCCAUAUGGAAAGAAUCAGUGCAAGCCAGCCCUGGUUCAAGUUCAAUCUUCACCACAAGCCAGACAUAUGGUUUUAGGCAGUUCACUGAAGCUCUCUGUGCCUCAGUUUCCUCAGCUGUAAAUUGUGUAUAAUCAGAUUGUCACCUCAUUGUUAAUAUUUUUAUCUUCUUAAUGCAAGGAGAAGCUUGAUAUUACUUAUCGUUUAUGCAGCUGUGUGAGCAUCUUCCAAAAAUCUCCUUCGUGCACAGCACCACCACCAUCAAUACUGUGUCAAUUAAUAGUUAUUAUGUAGGACUAUGAUCCCUAUCUCAUUGCUUAGAUUAAACUUAUGGAUGUUUGAGUGUGCAGGUCAUCUGUAGGAAUCAAUGUUUAGUGCAAAGGAAUAAGAGACAAUGGAUAGUCUCACAGUUCUGUUACAGUGCCUGAAUGUUUACAUAUAGGUACAUUCAAAUGGCUUAAGUGAUGGGGAUAUUUUCUGACCACCUGUAUGGAUCUUUUUGCUCUCUGAGAUGUUAAUGUUUUCCUUAUAUUUUAUAGUAGCUCAGAACACAGCCAGUUUCUUGAGUAGGGUCCACAUGGCUCAUUAUGCACAGGACCCAGAAACUGCCUGACUUGUGCUAUUCAGAUGAACAGUGACACUUAGCAGGGAGCUGAGUUCAGGCAGUAGGCAGAGGAACAUACUCAAUUAUUUUUCCUCCUGCAUUAAGCUAUAAAUAAUGAACACUUUCCUGUGCUUUACAGUAAGCAAUUAAAAUAAAUUAUAGAGUUGGAUGCAAAAAUAACCCAAAGGACAACUGGAUGUGUGGAAUCACCAGUUUUCUCCAUGCAUGCAGAAGAUUAAUCCUCAUUAACACUUAGAACAUUGAGUUUCUACCGAAAGGGUUGCAUGUCCAUACAUGUUUUGGCAUCUACCCACACGCUUCUGUGUGGUGUGACUGUGCAUCCCAGAAGAAGGGCUGUGGUGUGUGCCUCAGCACUCCAGUGGAAUUGAACCAACUGAUUCCUGAAAAUGGUCUCAUAAAGUUCCACCAGGUGAGAAGAGUGAUGACCAUCCUUUUCCUUACUAUGGUUAUUUCAUACUUCGGUUGCAUGAAGGCUGCCCCCAUGAAAGAAGCAAACGUCCGAGGACAAGGCAGCUUGGCCUACCCAGGUAUGCGGACCCAUGGGACUCUGGAGAGCGUGAAUGGGCCCAAGACAGGUUCAAGAGGCCUGACGUCAUUGGCUGACACUUUUGAACAUGUGAUUGAAGAGCUGUUGGAUGAGGACCAGAAAGUUCGGCCCAACGAAGAAAACAAUAAGGACGCGGACUUGUAUACUUCCAGGGUGAUGCUCAGUAGUCAAGUGCCUUUGGAGCCUCCUCUCCUCUUUCUGCUUGAGGAAUACAAAAAUUACCUGGAUGCUGCAAACAUGUCUAUGAGGGUCCGGCGCCACUCUGACCCUGCCCGCCGUGGGGAGUUGAGCGUGUGUGACAGUAUUAGUGAAUGGGUGACAGCGGCAGACAAAAAGACUGCAGUGGACAUGUCGGGCGGGACGGUCACAGUCCUUGAAAAAGUCCCUGUAUCGAAAGGCCAACUGAAGCAAUACUUCUACGAGACCAAGUGCAAUCCAAUGGGUUACACGAAAGAAGGCUGCAGGGGCAUAGACAAAAGGCAUUGGAACUCCCAGUGCCGAACUACCCAGUCGUAUGUGCGGGCCCUUACCAUGGAUAGCAAAAAGCGAAUUGGCUGGCGGUUCAUAAGGAUAGACACUUCCUGUGUAUGUACAUUGACCAUUAAGAGGGGAAGAUAGUGGAUUUAUGUUGUAUAGAUUAUAUUGAGACAAAAAAUUAUUCUAUUUGUAUAUAUACAUAACAGGGUAAAUUAUUCAGUUAAGAAAAAAAUAAUUUUAUGAACUGCAUGUAUAAAUGAAGUUUAUACAGUACCGUGGUUCUACAAUCUAUUUAUUGGACAUAUCCAUGACCAGAAGGGAAACAGUCAUUUGCGCACAACUUUAAAAUGUCUGCAUUACAUUCCUCGAUAACGUUGUGGUUUGUUGCCAUUGCCAAGAAUUGAAAACAUAAAAAGUUGAAAAAAAUAAUAAAUUGCAUGCUGCUUUAAUUGUGAAUUGAUAAUAAACUGUCCUCUUUCAGAAAACAGACAAAAAAAAAAAAACACAAAAAUUUGAACCAAAACAUUCCGUUUACAUUUUAGACAGUAAGUAUCUCCGUUCUUGUUAGUACUCUAUCUGUUUUACUGCUUUUAACUUCUGAUAGCGUUGGAAUUAAAACAAUGUCAAGGU